UUAUAAUAUAUGGUUUAUUUCUUCAUAAAGUUCAUAGUUUUUCAAUUUUUAUGAUUUCUAUAUCCCCAAGACCUUCAAAUUCUCCUUUAAACAACAAAACCUUUAAAGUUUGAUUCCUCGAAAGUCUAUCUACCUACGUAUACAUACCUAGGCACUCAAUAUGACUAAAGUCCUCCCUUCGGAAGAUAUCAUCCCCUCAGAAAAUAUCAACCAGCUCCAAAAAUCUUCCUCGGAUCUUCCUUCUCAUUCUGUAGAUAUAGAAAAGAAUUCUCACCUACCGCCUCAAUCUCCUGAUGAUGUUUUAACAAAUAAUCAUAAGAAAACUUCUCUGUUCAAAAGUCUAGGCUGGCUGGAUCGUCUCCUCGCUUUGUGGAUCUUUCUUGCUAUGGCGGUGGGUAUUAUAUUGGGGAAUUUCGUGCCUAAUACUGGGCCUGCGUUGCAGAAGGGAGAGUUUGUGGGGGUUAGUGUACCGAUUGGUUUGUUUUUCUUUUCUUUGGCUUCUUUUGUGGAAGAGUGUCAUGAGAGAUAUCGAAUCGACCUGAGAAGAUGAUUUGGGAAUUUGUUGGUAUGUGUUGGAUUGUUCUCCUAUAUGUGCUAACGAGAAUAUAAAUCAUCUAGCGGUAUGUUUAUUAGCAAUGAUGUAUCCAAUUCUCUGCAAAGUCAAAUUUGAAACUUUGCACCUUGUCUUUCAGAAGAAGGAUAUUUGGGUUCAGAUAGGAUUUAGCUUGGUAGUUAAUUGGAUUGUUGCGCCGUUGGUAAUGGUACUUAUACCUCUCCCUUGUUUCGCCUUCCUAGAUACAAAAAUCCCAUUCAAAUGACUAACGAUCCACAAAUAGUUAGCGCUAGCAUGGGCCUUCCUACCCGACAAAGAAGAGCUUCGAUCCGGUCUAAUCCUAGUCGGAAUAGCCCGCUGUAUCGCCAUGGUAUUUCUCCUUCUCCCUCUCCCUCAACCCCUUCCUCAACCCUAACAUACUAACCUCCCCCAAGGUCCUAAUAUGGACCGGUCUAGCCGGCGGCUCAACAUCCUACUGCGCCAUCCUCGUCGCCAUAAACAGUCUCCUCCAAAUGAUCCUCUUCGCCCCGCUAUCCGUCCUCUUCAUCACCACCAUCUCCCACUCCAAACAGCACCCCCAAUUCUCCUACCCAACCAUCGCCUCCAGCGUCGCCGUCUUCCUGGGCAUCCCCCUCGCCGCCGCAAUCCUCACCCGUUUCCUCCUCCGCAACCUCACAUCCCCAACAUGGUACGACACACAAUUCCUAAAAUACCUCUCACCCCUCUCCCUCCUCGGUCUCCUAACCACAAUCCUCAUCCUCUUCGCCAGUCAAGGCCAACACGUUAUCCAGCAAAUCGUCUCCGUGGUCCGCGUCGCCGCACCCCUAAUCGUCUAUUUCGCUCUCAUUUUCUUCCUUACUCUGUUUAUCUGUGCCAAGAUGGGUUUCGGGUAUAAGAUAGCCACGACGCAGAGUUUUACCGCUGCGAGCAAUAAUUUUGAAUUGGCUAUUGCGGUUGCCGUCGCUACAUAUGGUGCUGAUAGUGAGCAGGCGUUGGCGGCUACUGUGGGUCCUUGUAUGUAUUCUUGAGAUAGAUGGGUGCUAUUAUGAGGAUGCUUUUACUGAUGUUUUCUUUCUACAGUGAUUGAGGUGCCGGUUUUACUGGCGUUGGUGUAUGUGGUAAGAUGGAUUGGGGAGAGAAGGGGUGGAGGAUUAGAAUCUGGGAUGGGUGCGUCUUGGUAGUGCAUAUAUGGUGGAGGAAAUGGAUGUCACUCUUAUCCUUUGAUCGGCCUCGCCGGGUACAUAAGAGAAGUAAUGGAGAACCUCCUACCAAAUCUCGAAGUUUCAGGGGAUAGUACAUGUAUAUCUCACGAUCAGACAAUGAACAACAAGGACACAUAAACUUCGGAGAACACUCCGCCGCACAGAUGCUUGACGAAGUAACAUCUCAGAUAUUUACUUUUAAAUCUCCAAAUAUGUAAUGCACAUUGCCACAUUGCCACAUAAU